UUAAAAGCUGGGCUUAAUCCUCGUGGCUGUCUAGUUAUUCUGUGGAGGGGAGCGGUGACCUAUUCUUCAGUGGGAGUAGGGGGUCCUUCGUAAACUGCAAUCAUGCCGACCGCCGCACAAAUAGAAGCGCUGUCGUACCUGAGCGACGAGAUGGUGGCUGAGUUCAAGGCUGCCUUUGACAUGUUUGACACUGAUGGUGGUGGAGACAUCAGCACCAAGGAGUUGGGUACCGUCAUGAAGAUGCUGGGACAGAACCCAAGCCGAGAGGAGCUGGAUGCCAUCAUUGAGGAGGUAGAUGAGGACGGCAGCGGUUCCAUCGACUUUCAAGAGUUCUUGGUCAUGAUGGUGCAACAGCUUAAAGAGGAUCAGGCUGGCAAGAGUGAGGAAGAGUUGUCUGAAUUCUUCCGCGUCUUCGACAAGAACGGUGAUGGCUACAUUGACCGCGAUGAGUUUGCGACAAUUAUCCGCAGCAGCGGGGAGACCAUCUCUGACGUUGAGAUCGACGAACUCAUGGCCGACGGAGACAAGAACAUGGACGGCAAGUUGGACUUUGACGAGUUUCUCAAGAUGAUGGAAGGUGUGCAGUAAAAAUUAACAUUCCUCUUCGCAUUGACUCUCCCGUGACCCCUUUCCUAAGUGUACUGCUUCUGAACAAUCUCACCACAUCCCAUAGUCUGACUUUGCAUCUUAACAAUGUCUUCAAUAAGCUCCACAGAGGGAGCUGCCCCUUUCUUAGCUGCAGUUAGCUGAUAGGCUGCCAUCCUAUGCCAAUCUUUAUACAGCUGACCCCCCUCCAUAGAUGCAGCGUGGAGGCACUACUAGGUUAAAAAAUGCAGCCUCUGCUUUUCAACAGCCUGGGAUGCUCAAGGGCCGCAACACAAGACCACACCGCGCUCUAGACUAAAGCACUGUAGAUGCUUCAAUAAACUUCUGUGGAUUUC